CUGUUUUUAAAAUUGAAAAAUAAAAAUGGUUACAGAAUGCAUUUUUAUUUUUCAAAAAUAAAAUUUUCAAAAACAAAAGUUUUACUUUCAUUUUGUGAUUAAAAAUUUAGAAAACAAAAGUGUUACCAAACGGCACAUUUCUUAACAACUUAGGGUCCAUCAAAAUAAAAACGUAAUUAUGUUUUUGUUGACUUUGCAAGUUUAGUAUUUAUUUAGAAUUUUUGGGUUAACAGUGAUGGACUUUCUAAACAUAAUAAUUAACAUUAUUUUGCAUCAAAUUGUGUAUGAAAAUUGGGCAUAAAAUAUUCAAGAUCGACUUUAUGUAAAAGACUAAAUCUGCCAUUAUUUAUUAAAAAGCUCCACCAUACCACGUUUGUCCAAUUGAACAAGUAAAAAUGAUCUCAUUCUCAUUCUCAUUGAUAUAUAAUUAUAUACUCAAGUUGGAUUGAUUCUAGUUCUUCGAUUUAGUUAGAGAGCUGGUCAAACAUUUAGCUAUGUAACUAAGUUUAAAAAGCUGUUGUUCAUUGCUUUCGAUCUUCUCCUUUUUAGUCUUGUUUUUUUUUUCUUCUUUUGCUAUGUAUAAUUCUCCAUAAUGGAGUCAUAUUCUAACCUUGUAGUAUUCACAUCUGAGGACUUAAAAUCAUUCACCAACAGUUUCCACCAGAAGAAUCUGAUUGGAGACACUCAGUUUGGUAAGUUAUUUAGGGGUUGUAUAAGGAAUUUAACAGGUGUUAUAUGCACUCAAGAAAAUCGAGAUGUGACUGUCAAGAUAUGGGAUGAAAAAUCAAAUUGCUUGAACUUGGAUUCCGAUGAGCAUUUGAUGAUCAAAGAAGAAGUAAAAUUUUUAACCCAUCCAAGCAUUCACUGUCAUCCCAACUUGGUCAAAUUGAUUGGUUUUUGCUGUGAAAAAGAAGUGAGAGGUGUAGUCUAUGACCUAAAUCCAAGGGAUAUUUUGCAUAAUAUCAUCUUAAAAGAUGUUCUUAGCUGGACCCAAAGAGUAAAUAUUAUCUUUCAACUUGCUAGUGUCCUUGAAUUUUUACAUACACAAGAAAUGCCAUAUUUGGUUCUCAAUAUUUGUGAAUCACACAUAAUGCUGGACUGGGAUUGCAAUAUAAAAUUAUGUGAUUUUGGCCUCAUUAGUGGAGGAAUCAUAGGUGAAAUCAGUGCUUUAAAGAAACAAAUAACAAUUCCCAUUGGUUAUGUUGAUCCUUUUUUUGCAGCCAAAGGUGGCUACUGGCAAACCGGGAGCGACGUGUUCUCAUUCGGUGUAAUUCUGUUGGGUCUUAUAUCCACGAGGGUACUGGGCCUAGAGAGGCCCAAACUAAUACCCGAUAAUGUGAUACAUAUUUGGGCCAAAAAUGAGUACAAACCCAAUUGCUCACUAGUCCACAAAAGCCUAACAGAAGACUGGGGCUACCAUGGUGAAGAUGGUUCCACAAUUACAGAGGUGGGGAUGCGUUGCAUUGAAUUUUUCCCCACGAAUCGACCUGCAAUGAAGGACGUUUUAGAACGUCUUAAAGGCUUGAUGGUCUUUCAACGUUUUGGAGAUACGAGGCCUAACAAAAGGGACAAGAAAUUUCAUAUUGAUUUUGAUAUGGCAACAUGAAGAAAUUAGCUUCUUCUUUUUUUAACAUGCCACGUAGACAUAGACAAACAGAAGUUUCAGCUACUGAUAACGAUUUAAACUUCUUUUCAUUUUAUGUGGAAGUGGAACACAAGCAAUGUAAAAGUUGUGUAUAUAAUUUUUCUCUCAAAAGAACAUGUUUAUGGUAGAGAAAUUAAUUUUGUUUUUAUGGUGGGGAUAUAUUUUUAUACAUUAAUUGUUGAUGUAAUGAUGAUAAAGAUGAGAAAAUAUAAUAGUAAUGGUACAACUUAGCUAGUAGCC